GAAUUCCAACAGUAUACUAAAAAUUUUACAACAAUGCCAGCAUAUCACAUUCUUUGAUGUUUAACUGCUCAUAUACUAGUUCUGCAAAAAGUUGACAUCAAGUUCGGAGCACAAAUUGCAUAUAGAAAGCGUACAAAACAAGCAAUUGUCCAGUCACUCGACCCACCCACAAAGUUUACAAUUUCCAGAGUGAAAAAACACCUUACAAAUUUUCUGUUGACUUCCAGCAACACAAAAAAACAUCUGCCAAAAUGUCAGCAAGGAAAACAGGUCGUCGCGGCGUGACCAAGAAACGUGCCCAGCGUGCCACGUCCAAUGUCUUCGCUAUGUUUGACCAAGCUCAAAUUCAAGAGUUUAAAGAAGCAUUUAACAUGAUAGACCAGAAUAGGGAUGGUUUCAUUGAUAAGGAAGACCUUCAUGACAUGUUGGCCUCACUUGGAAAGAAUCCCACUGAUGACUAUCUCGAGGCAAUGAUGAACGAAGCACCGGGACCAAUCAAUUUUACAAUGUUCUUGACCUUGUUUGGUGAAAGACUUCAAGGUACAGAUCCAGAGGACGUUAUAAAAAACGCAUUUGGAUGCUUUGACGAGGAAAAUUUGGGGCAUGUUAACGAAGAAAAGUUGCGAGAAUUGCUCACCACGAUGGGAGACAGGUUUACGGAUGAGGAGGUGGACGAAAUGUUCCGUGAGGCCCCUAUAAAGAAUGGGUCUUUCAACUACGUAGAAUUCACAAGAAUUCUUAAGCAUGGUGCCAAAGAUAAGGAUGAACAAGAAGCCUAAGUCGCCUGACUCCUAACGACAUAAAUAUAGAAAGACGAAUUGUAUGUACUAAUAAUUUAAAUUAUCUUUCUCCUUCGGGUGGGUGGCUUCUUCGGCCUGUUUCUAAUAUCUUUGACUUAUAAAAAUGUGGUCAAGUUUAGCCAUAGUUUAAGAAUCACCUAAUCCACCUCAUUCCUUAUAAAGUAUUAUGCUCGUUGUCUUUAAAGUAACUUUCACUUUGUCUAUUCCGGUGGAUCCAUUCCGCAUGAUUGUCUAACAACUGCAGAAAAUGCAUAACAUUAGUAUCUUUUAUACACAUAUUAUCGUGCCUACUUUUGUACUACUCCAAUUGUCCGUAAAUAAUAAAUCAACCCUGUCAACUCUAGA